GUUGAACGGAGCAACGAGGACAGCACACUGUGAGAGAUCUCUACUGAACAAUGAACAUUUCUGGGACUGAAAGAGUCAAACUGAGCAAAAGUUGGAUAACAACUUCCAGGACGAGGAAAUGUUCAGCUCUGAAUGACAUCCUGACAGCUCCACCUGCUGGUGACAGCCUGACAUGACAUAAUUUAUUAUGGUAAUAAUUUCACCCCGUGACAGAGGUGAAAGGAAACGAAAGUAGAUUUGACAUUGUUGAACAGAACUGAGACGCCAUUACAGAGUGUGAGAUCUCUGCUGGAAAACACACCGCUGGAGUAUUUGAAGCAAUAAGAAAAGAGACAGAAACUUGGUGAGUCCUGCUGUGAAAACUAACUUCAGGAACAAAUGGCUGAGAAAAUUACUCUUGUGGAAAGUUUCCUGAGCUGCCAUGUGUGUUCAGAGACUUUCAGAGAUCCUGUGUCUCUGAGCUGCAGCCACAGCUUCUGUUCAAGCUGCCUGAAAAAAUUCUGGGAACAAGCUAAAAAUAAAAACUGUCCCAUUUGUAAAAGAAAAUCCUCAAAGGAUUCUCCACCAGUGAACUAUUCUCUGAAGGAACUGGCUGACUCCUUUGCUGGCAGACAGAAAUCUGUAUCAUCUGAUGCAGAAAAAGGAGAGAAGAAGGUGGAGGUGGUGUGUAGUAAACAUCAAGAGGAGCCUAAAUUGUAUUGUGAGGAUGAGCAGAGAGCUGUGUGUCCUGUCUGUGAGUUUUCUCUCCAUCAGAGUCACAAGGUGGUUCCUGUAGAACAAGCAGUCAGUGAGCUGAAGGAGCAGCUGAAAUCUGACUUAAAGUCUCUACAGGACAAGAGAAACAAAUACAAACAAGUGGAGAAAACAUACAAUGAAGUGAUUCAACACUCCAAGAAGCAGCUGUUGUCCACAGAGAGGCAGAUCAGAGCAGAGUUCAACAAGCUCCACCAGUUCCUGAAAGAGGAAGAGGAGUCCAGACUGGCAGCUCUGAGGGAGGAAGAGGAGCAGAAGGGGAAGACUGUCAGCAGAGAGAUGAAGAUGAUUGAGGAGCAGCUCUCCUCUCUGUCAGACAGUAUCUGUGCUGUUGAAGAAGAGCUGCAGAAACACAACGUGCCAUUCCUCAGCAGUUAUAAAGCCACUCAGACCAGAGCCAGAGUCCAGUGCUCACUGUCAGAUCCACAGCUGGUCUCAGGAGCGCUGAUAGAUGUGGCCAAACACCUGGGCAACCUGUCCUUCAGAGUCUGGGAGAAGAUGAAGGACCAGGUCCACUUCAGUCCUGUCAUUCUGGACCCAAACACUGCAAACCGCUGUCUCUAUCUGUCUGAUGAUCUGACCAGUGUGAGACAUGGAGACACAAACCAGCAGCUUCCUGACAAUCCAGAGAGAAAUACUAUGUAUUCCACUGUUUUUGGUUCUGAGGGCUUCAGCUCAGGGAAACACAGCUGGGAGGUGGAGGUGGGAGAUCAUCCUGACUGGAUUGUAGGUUUGGCUAAAGAGUCAGCUGACAGGAAAGGAAAGAGAUUUGCUUCACCAGAAUAUGGAAUCUGGUGUUUAUGGCAUGGUGAAGGAAAAUACACUAAUGGUGCUGGUGAGACUGUCAGAGUAGAGAAGAGUCUCCAGAGGAUCAGAGUCCAGCUGGACUAUGACAGGGGGGAGGUGUCCUUCUACAACCCUGAAGACAUGACUCACAUCUACACUUACAGAGACACUUUCACUGAGAGACUCUUCCCAUAUUUCAGUAUUGGAAAGUCUGGUGAUGCUAAAACUGCUGAUAUCAAAAUCUGUCAGACUGAUAUUUCUCUGUGAUGUUCAGGAAUGUGAAUUAAUUGUUUAGACUUGUACCUUUAAUGUCACUGUAUCAUGAUUCUUUGAGGUUUGAUAGUCUUUAAAAUCAUCAUCACACUUAUUAUUGUGUCUGAAACUGAUCUGAUUUGAUGUUGACGGUCACAGAAAUGUUUUUUUCUCACUGUUUCUGUCAUCUGACAUGAAAGAUCCAAAGUGCUUUUCAUGAACAGAACUGAAAAAAUUUAAACCUUUCAGUAACUUCAACUUUUGAAAGAAAGUUAAGAUUUUACGCCAACCUAGAUGUUAAAAAAUGUUUGGGUUACAGUUUUAUUUUAUCCAUUCUUAAACAUGAUAUAAAUAACUUAUUUUAUAUUAUAACUGAAUAUCCUGCUCAGAAGCAUCUUUUCUUUAAUCAGACCACAAUAAAACAUAAACUGUAUCCAAUGAACCAAAUAUGUUGUGUGAUGCUUUAACGUUUUUCAUCAUCAGACAUCAGUUUUUAUUUGUCAGAUUUCUGGAUCUUCUGAUGAUUCUUUUAGUUUUCAUCAUGUUUAAUUUCAGUUUUUACUCUUUACACUCAGAGUCUGAGUGGUUCAGAGGAUCAACACACAUUCUGACUCUGACUUAUUGUUGAGAGCCACAGAAAUGUUUUUUUUUUCAGUGUCUUUUCUGGAGCGUCUUUUAUAUUCUUGUAUUGUUUUCAUAAAAAACUCACUGCAGAAAUGUUUACUUGAAUCACCUGUUUCUGUUCGAGUCAUCAAGUGUUUAAUUAUAUUUCAUUCAUACAACAAAGGUGUGAACUCCUGCUUUUGAUAUUCUCUUAACUUUUUCAUGGAUGUCAACAAAAUAUUUGUUUAUGUCGUUUUGUAAAUACGUUGAUUGCCCCGAUGAUGUUUUCUUUGGUUUAUAACAAGAUUUUAUGAUUUAAGUUCUUCCACCUCUUAAAAGUUCUGUCUAUGAGAAAAUUAGUCAAAAUUCUGAAACUGGACGAGAUGAUUCUUUUCAAAUCACAGCUGUUUAUUUUCCUUGUUGUUAUUGUCUUGUUUUGAGUCUAACAGCAUCAUGUCAUUAGCUUAAUAAUUUAUUUCAGUUUUGGAUCAGUUGGAUUUUUUUCUGAGAAAACUUUUAAAUUGGUUCAGUUUUAAUUCAGUCUCUAACUCUCGCAGUGCUCCUUCAUGCUGUAUGUGACAUCUGUUGUAGUGUAAACAUGAUCAAUAACAUGAAUGAUAAAUAUCCAGUUUAUGCUCAAUACGGAAUAAGGAAAUUCCAUCAGUACAGUUUAGUUUAAUCUGUUAUUUUAUUCCUGUAUGAACUUUACAUUAAUAAAAUGUAACUCAGACAAUGCAGCUUCA